ACAAUGCUGCUUUUGCUUUAGGUUCUGCUACGAGUGAUUCUAGCGAUGUAUGUAGGUUGUAUCUAAGCUGUCUGGUCAUUGGUGGCCAGUCAAAUAAUUUUACUGGGUAAGACUUCUUCCUUAUACACUGCCUUGUUUCAUUGCAGAGGGUUGCAGUGCCUGAAGAGGAUAUACGUAACAGGCUUGUCAGUGCAAAGUUUCCAUUACUUGGGGGCAUACCCAUGACCGUUUCUGAUGCCCCCUUUUAUUUUCCAUGGGCUCUGAUUGUUGAGCAAGAUGUUUCGGAAGUUGAACAUCUUCUGAGAGACUAGGUUCCUUGUAGUACAACUGAAGGCAGACAGCCCACAUUUGUACGCUGGUCAGCCCCUUCGAAGGCGCAUACUAGUAACUGUGCACUUUGAGAACACCGAGCAACUUAAAAAUUUGUAGAAAGAACUCUUUGAUGGAAUUCUUCAUGACUAUGAUGCUCUCGAGUUCCCUAGUUGGUUAUUUAUCCUGUUGUUGAAUGCAUCCUCCACGAACUGGCGGCCCCUGAAAAAACCACUCACAUCUGACUGGUUUCCAACUUUCGUUGUAGUACUAUUGCACUCUUUCCAUGGCGCAAGGGCAUAAAGUUUCAUUCAAAGGGAUAGUCGCAUCCGGAAGUGUGUUCCGGAACUGUUAUGGUCAUGUUCCCUGUCGUUCAUAAUGUGCACCAGCAAAUUUUCUCCACACAAAUCCACUUGGUUGACUUAAAUGUUCGCGCUUCUGGCGCGCACGGCAAUCCCCGCAAGGCACCUACACUGGAUGACGUCAACAGGAUAAACCAACCAUCAGGAGGCGCUCCUUCCUGCCGGAGUUCGUUGUGUGUCUGAGCGUGCGUCUGACCCUUUUUCUUGUUGUCUCGUCACGUUUGCUUUGAAGUACUUUGAACCACAGCGUGUGCCCUAGGAUUUCACGCCAUUGACGUGCGAUGUCACAGCCAGGAAACCGGUGCUACGUGCCCGGGUGCACAAAGACUUAUCACGCGAAUCCCGAGCUUACAUUUCACCGACCUCGCAAUGGCGAGACGAAAAGAAAGUGGGAGGCAGCGAUCGCCAGCCACUACUGUGGUGUGGCCCAAGGGUUGAAUGCUUCACGCGUCUGUUCCUGUCAUUUCGCCGACGACGCCUACGUUGAUGAAGAUGUAUUGCAAGUUCGGCUCGGGCUACGGCAGAAACGGAAGCGGCUGAAGAUUGGCGCCGUGCCUACCAUAUUCGAUCAGGAACAAGAUCAGGAACAAGGGCAGGAACCAGUAACAGGGGCGGCAGCAAGCACGACAACGGAAUCAACUGGAUUUGAUGCGGAGGUCAUGACUGAAGCAAGCGCUGGGGACCCACUUUCCACUUCACGGCACAUCUCACAAGGGGACUAUCCAGAAGGCUCCAUUAUACUGGAUGGACUACUACUGGAACCUCUGGUGCCGUACCAAACAGUCAGCCAGUACGGGUUUCUCUAUACCUUAGUUCCAGUUGAUCGUGGGGAAGCCGUAAAGAAGGAUGUGAGGCACAUGGGAACACAAACAGCUGUUCCCUUGUGUACAUUAGGCACUCAGACAGAGUUUGUUGCGUCGAGCACAGCUGUGCAGACUGAGCUUAGCCUUUAGCCGCAACCCUGCUUGGCACUGGCUGAAGGUGUUGCAGGGGACAUGAGAGGCACCGAAACUGCAUUGCAGUCUACAUACCAAUAUUUUGAUACUGGUGUGCAAAGGGCCUCAACUCCAGAGCCAGGUACAGCGCCAGAUGUAGCGCCAGAACUCGAUACCACUUUUGGAUCGACAAGCAUCCCCGACCCACAUGAUGCUACACUUCAUACGUCGGACAUGGUGGAAAGUUCUGACGAUGAAGAUGAUGAACUCAACAGCCCUCCAGGGUUCCAUCAUUCAAGACCCUAUACAGUCAAACUC